UCUCUGCUGCAACCUCACUCCACAAUGGAAAAACUGCAUUUUCCUCUCCAUGGCAAUGAGCCCCUCCACCCCCGUGGGAGCUGCUGGCACUCCUGGAAGCCUGAUGGUGAGUGACGCAGCUCGGGGCAGAGAUGGCUCAUCCAUGAAACCACAGUCUGCACAUGGAGCUCCUCAGCUCCAGACAAGCCCUGAGCAGCCUCGUCCAUUAUCUACCCAGAGAUGAUUAUCUGCGACACCUUGGGAUUCCUGGGAGAGAGCUCUGUGAGUUAUCACACGUUUUGCAUUCCCAAACCCAGCUGGAAAAUGUUACACCUGCUCUUUGAGCACUGUGUGCCUGGAAAUAAAGGUUAAGCAACUUCCUUAUGGUUCUUUCAUGUACCAACAGUGAGAAACAAAUCAAAAGCACAAUUCUCUGCUCCAAAUCAGCUUGGCAAGACAACCCUUACCCCUGGUUGGCUAACUCAGAGCUACAGAAGUUAAAUUAAGCUUUUGAUCUUUACCACAAUAAUUUGGGCCACCCCCCCUUUUGCUUACAAAUAGACCAUGGAGUUCUGGUAACAUCUUAGGAGGGCUUUAAAAAAAGGAACAGCUGGCACAAGGGGUCAGCACAACUGACCAGACAAAGUACAAGUGGAAGGGGAGUAAAUCAUUAGCUCGAGUCAGGCCUUGAACCAGAUCGCUGCAGCAGAUGUAGACUUAGCAAUUCCCUCUUGCUCCAAAGCGAACUUUGCUCCUGUAAUAACGGGCAGCUGAUGCAACGAUAAGAGAAUGAAGUCUAUAAAAAUGUAGCUGACAGCCUGGGAAGUCCUGACUGGAGCUCUUUGUGCCUCCUCUGCCCACGGCUGCUCCAAGGGACAGCUCCCGCUGGGAAGAUGCACUGGUGGAAAGUGAUGGCAGCCCUUCUGCUCUGCUCACUGCUGCUCAGCCAGAGCCACGGCGUGUCCCUGUCCCCGCGGCAGCCCCAGCCCCAGCCCCGCAGCCCCCGGCAGCGGCGGAUGACGCCCUUCUGGAGAGGAGUGUCCCUGAGACCCAUCGGGGCCUCGUGCAGGGACAACAGCGAGUGCCUCACCAUGCUCUGCAGGAAGAACCGCUGCCUCCUCUCCACGGCCUCGGCGUGAGCUGGCACCAAGCACAGCCUGCACUGUUACUGCUCACCAUGCUCCACACACUUGGGAUGUAUUUAUUGACUGCUCGGGAGCUGCAAGGGCCUCCAGCAAGCAGAGUAUUUAAUAUUUCUGUCACAUGUGCUGAUGAAAGGACUUCAAGGAGCUCGAGAGCAUCUCCUCCCCAGCCACGCCUCUGGAGGCUCUGGCCAAGCUCAAUAAAAGGGCUCUGCAUCUCCUCC